AUGAACGAGUACGACACAUUGCUCCCGCCGGCACAAGGCAUCGGAGCCCACUUUUACCGCGGGUCUUGGAAAGUCAAGUUCAAGCAUUUCAUUCUCCACAACGGGCAGGGUAGUAAAUCCCCACGGGACCCUACAUCCCCCGGGCUUCGCUCGUCUCACCUGCAUAUCACAGAGCCCAAACUCACCUCGUCAUCGGCAAACAUCAUUGACGUUUCCGAGCUGGCCGGUCGCACUUUAGACCCCGCUCAGCACGAGUCCCGGGUCGCGGUUCCUGUGAGCCCCCCCACAGUCAACCCCAGAACAUCGUCCUUGUAUUCCUUUGAUUCGUUUCAGCAAACGUUUGAGAAUCACAAACGAAAUACCCUUGCACAAUCGGCCGAUACGAUCCAGGAAAAGACGUCGCAUUCAUCUCUUCUCACGGCAGUGGACUUCCAGCAGGACAACACCCGCAGAAUUGGGGAGCUUGAGAGCGACCUAAAAGCGGCAAAGGAGGAGAUAUCCGAGCUCAAGCAAGUGCUGCAGGCCGAAAAAGAGCGGAACAGCUUUCUCUGUCAAAAAAUCUACGACCAGCACUCGGGCUACUCUGCCGAAAAGGUCGACUUUGUGCAAGUCGUCGCCGAGUACAAACAAGCAAUCCGGCGUCUGAAAGAACAAAAGGCUAUUGACACUACACACGCCCCACGUCCCACAGAAAGAAAAUCACGUCUGGCCCUCGAGUACUUGCCUACGACAGUGACCAGGAAGUCUCAGAACGGCUUCCCUCAUUCGGUGCCCAUCCAGGAAUCUCCACAGGCUACGGUAAGUGUAACUGACUGA